AUGUUGGGGCAGAGCGUCCUCUGCUUCAUCACGUCCGUGGUCCUCAGGAGCCUCUACGAGGAGGGGCCGGGGAAGAACCUGCCAUUCUCUGUAGAAAACAAAUGGCAAUUGUUAGCAAAAAUGACUCUCUUCUUUGGCUCUGGAUUUGUUGCACCGUUCUUCAUAGUCAGACACCACCUGCUUAAGAAAUGAAGAGAGUGGUUUCCCUUCAGGAACCAG